ACCUUCCUCGCGAAGUGGACUUCUAUCACGAGCUCGUGCCGCUAGACAACCCUCAAGUUCAGCUCAAGUCCAACAUAUUCGGCUACGUCACGUCUGUUUACAAGGCGACUCACUGCAAGAGCGGCAUCCAGUAUUGUCUGUACCGCAUCCACAGCUACCGCCUCAAUAACGUCAAAGUAACGCAGAUCGUCGACAUGUGGAAGAAGCUCCAGCAUUCCGGCCUUGUACAACUUAGGGAGGUUUUUACCACUAAAGUCUUCGGUGACAACUGUGAGUCUUGAUUACUUGUCAGUCUUCAUAGGACGGU